GAUGGAAAACAGAUGAGGAGCGUAAGGGGCGGCUGGUCUUGUUUACACAACAAGGCGAAGUGGGACGUUUUUAGGCAUAGCCUGGGGCGUGUCGGCUGAUUACCAAGCGUCACGUGGUCCAAAUCCACCAACUUUUCAACAAGUGCGGUAGAAAGGGGUCACGUUAUCCUCCGCCGGGCAUAGCCACGCGACGAAAGAAGUGGCUGAAACCGUGUAGGAUUAAUCAAUCAAUCAAUCAUCAUUGUAUCCUGUCUUGACUGAUGGAUUUUAUGGUUGUUCUCCUGUCCCCUACCCCUGGCUCUCCUCUCUUAUCUAGCCAGCGUUUGCUUAUGUCACGUGAUACUUGGUAUGUGCUUAGACUGACAAAAACCGAGUAGGAAUUCAAGUCAAGUCAAGUCAAGCCAAAGUGGCGUCCUCGUCACUUGAGUUGGUACAUAGACCCUUUUCAGUUCUGCGAACUUCGCUUCUCGUCCUGCGCACUUACGCCUCGCUUUCGCGUCGGCGCUGUCUUCAGCUCACUUCGUCUUGAGCUUGGGUUCAUCUUCUCAGAUCUGAGCACUUGUACCAUCAUUCUUACAUCCUCGCCCCCCUCGAUGUCGCCGCAGCCCCGCCAACGAGGUAAAGAAAAAACUUUUAUGUUUAAAUGAGUUCUCAUUCGAACAUGGCGCCAUCACCUCAGCCCCCCGCCGCCUCUCCUACGCGACCUAUUGUUCCGGCGAGGCGCCGUCGCCAGCCGGCGACAUUGUCACGCGUUUGUUGCGCUCGCUGCGCGCAGUACCUCCUGAAGGGAGGAGACCCUUGUGAUAAGACAGCGAUUCGAAAGUGUUGGCGCUGUCAAGCUGCGCGCAAGCGUUGCUUGCCCAUUCCCGCCUCUUGCAUUCCGAGGGUUAACGCCCUCAUUGAGGACGCCGAACGAGUGUCCUCUACCGACACCGAGGCGCAGGAAGCUCUUCGCUCUCGUCUCGCCGCCCUGGUCGCCGACAUCCAGCAAACCAAUCGUGUCGUCGAGCGCGCGUCCGGCGUGAGCACUCCCACGAGUCGCGCCUCCGAUGCGACGAUGUUGCUUAUUCACGAGAUGCGCCUCAUGCGUCGGUCCUUCAAUAGGUUUCUCGCUUUGUACUGCGAGGCUAACAACAUACCCCCGUUCGAGGACGAUGGUGAGGUUGAGGGUAUGGAGGGGGUCUCGCCCCUUUAACAAAAUUGCAUUCUGUCUUUGGCCCCUAUGGCCGUUUAUACCCCAUAGCAGCAUUACCAAUAGC